AAGAAGAGAAUGGAGGUCUGUAGGUGAAGAAACAUUUUCACACUUUUUGCUAGACUCAUGGCGGUGUUGCCUUUGAGGUUUUCUGCAGGGGAACUUUUUUUGUGUGUGAAAAGGGAAACACUUGAAUGUGGACGAAAAGAAACAAACCAAAAAAAAAAGAAUAACAAAAAGUCAAGCCUCUUCAAAAAUCUAUUAAGGCAUGACGGAAAUGCGCUUCGCUGCACAAGUUGGCGGUACACACCCCGACACCGCCUGCCUGCAUAAAAACACUGACUGAGAUCAAACACGGGACAGCACAGGAGCGCCGCAGUUGAAGCUGAAACAUUUGAGAGGACUCAGUCAUAAUGCUGUUGACAAGAGUUUUUCUGCUGCUGGGUUUUGUCUCGGUGAUUCCCGUCGCCAGCAAAACACAGAUCAUCUCGGUGCAGGAGCUCAGACCGAGGGGCAAAACGAUGCAACUGGCCCUGGAUUCCUCUGUGAAAUCCUACCUCUCACACAGCUCUGCGUCAAACAUCGCCAACUUGUCUUUGUCGCCGUGGACGUACAUAGAUACUUACAACUCUUCCCGUUUACCCCAGAAGAUCUUGCAGGCCAACUGCAGCACAUCUGGCUGUCUGAACCUCCAGGGUAGAGGGGAGGAUGCAUCUCUGGAGGCCAAACCCAUCAAAUAUCAAGUCCUGGUUCUGUACAGAACCCUAAAGAAAAAGAACAACAAAAAAGGGAAGAAGAAGAAUAAGUACAUCUUCAUGCUGGGGACUGAGGAGAUCACAGUUGGCUGUACCUGUGUGAGACCCACUGUGAUACCACAAGAAUAACAAGACAUCCAACAAAAGCACUGGUUACACAUAUCAUUCAUGUCAAUGUCUAUGCAUUUUAAAAAUUGUACAGUUGACAAUAGAUAUUUACAUAUGUUGCAUAAAAAAUGACUAUUUAGUCAAUUAGACUAAACUCUUUUAUUUUAUAGACAGUUUGAACUGCAUAUAUUUUUUUCUAUUUGCUUAAUGCCAGAAGAAGAUGACAUGAUUUUUGGAUUCACACACUUUAUGUGCAAAUAUAAUUAUUUGAGCAGAAAUUGUACUGAAGGAAGAACCAGACUGAUAGAUUUUCACAGCUGUUUUUUUUUUUUUAGAUGUGUUGAUCAAUUUCUUUAAAUGUCACACAGCGAAGCAGUGUGUUGGACAUGUUGCCUUAGAAUACAUAAGAUUUAAGUGAACCUUUUGAAGGCUUUGUAAAAAUAAUUUAAAGACAUUAGUCUUAAUGACUGUAAAUAAAAGACAUCAAAGAAAGUAAAACAAAAAAAAAUCUCCAAAAGAGUCUAAUUUUCAUUCUUCUGGCAUGAUCCUAGCAACCCUAAAACAAAAAGUCUUUUUUUUUUUCAUUUUUAACUUUUCCAAUUACAAGUCAGCUAAUCUAAGUUUUAAUAUCAAACAGUAAGGGAAAAAAAAUGCAUGUAGAUAUCUGAUUUCAACUGCAUAGUUGACUGUAGAUAUAAAAAGUAGUUAUUAAAAAGUAUUUUUAAUAACUGUGACUUGUUAUGGUGUCCUUAAUAUCUCAUCAGGUAGUCCUUCUGCAUAACACUUUAGGCCGAGAUAAUUGAAUUAGCUAUUUUAUUUAAUGUAUUGUAAGCAAAUCACCUUUAUUCAAUCAAUUUGCCAGUGUAUCUGGUGCCUAAAUGCAGCCAAUAAAUGUUUUUUAAAACCUAACUGCUAGCUACUUUCACUGUGUUGCUUUAUCCUGCCAUGUAUGUCGAUUAAUCUAUAAUUUCGUCAUUAAGAAAAGAAGCAAAAAUUGCUGAAGUUCUUUUUCAUCUGUGCCACUUAUGAUGCUCUCCUGUUUUUAUUGGAACAAAGGGUUUAAAAUUUACAGGGUACUGCUCUGUCAGGGCAGAUACGCUGUUUCUUUUGCCAUGACAUUGCUGUCAGUAUGUUUUUUUGUCUUUUUACAUUUUUAACAAACACCUAAGCUGAAUCUCACAGCUCUAUUCACAGUCUGAGUGCCCCCACAUGAUCAAAACUAUUAUUAGCUGAAUUAAUUUAGCUAAUAACCUAAUAACAGAUCCCUGCUGUUGGAGCCAGUUAAAACAUUUGGCAUGCUGAGGUGAGGGAAUCCUCUUAAGUGCAGACAAAGCCUCUGCACAGUGUGGCAAGAGAUUAGGUCAUUUUUUUAUAACUUGAGAAUAACAUAAAUAAGAUGUGUAAACUCCUUUGUACUGUCAAAUAUCUGCACAAUACGGUGUCUGAAGUAAGUGAUGCUCAUUCCGCAAGUUUCCAAUAUGUUGAAAGAAUCUUUAGCAGCUUUGCUUCGCAGGAGAUUAGUUAUGUGUUGUAGAAGGGAAAUGCCAGAUUGCUAUACAUUUACAGCCGUGCAUCUUUGUACAUCAUUGAGAAGCAAAUUGUAAACAAAAUGAGUUUUAAGUGGUUAUUUAAAUUUGUUUAAGUAGGGUUUUAUGAAGAAGUUUCAUGCAUCAGGUUUGGAACGGAUAGUUUAUAUAGAUAUCCUCCUCACAACAAAUGUGAUUGCAGUUAAAAAGAUGCUUUUUGAAGAUUCCAUAUUUUAUCACCUUUCUUUUCUGUUAUUACUUUAUUUUUCUCUGACUGGAUAUGUUUACAUGUUUUCAAGUUCACAUUUCCCAAAGCCAGUUGUUGUGAAUGUGGAAUGUCGUGGAACAUGAUACAACUUUUUUUAGGGAAGAUUUUUCUUGUUUAGUUGAUGUUUUCACCUUUUGCUAAUACCUUAGAAUUCAGCUUGUACAGAACUUGACUAAUUUUCAACAGCCAAAGCCAGAUUUUAGAGCCACUAUGACAUUAUGACAAUAUUUUAUGUUUAAAAUGCAUUUUAUGUUCCCUGAUAGCGCGCAGUAAAUGGCCAGUAAAAAAAUUAAACAAGUAAUUGCCUUUUUUCCUUAUGCCUAAUCGUAGGAAUAUGUUUUUAUUGUUGUGUUCUAUAUUGUACUCUUUUGGGAUAGUAUGACAUUGUGCUCUUCUGCCAAAUUGUAGCAUAAAUAUGGUUAUUAUUUUAUGAAUGUUUAUUUUGAUAUAUUUUUUAAUUCUGUUUGUUAUAACACAUAUAUUGUUUUAAACCACAGUACAGCUACAUUUUAAUCCUUGCUGAAAAUUGUUGCCUGUGUGAAAGGACAAGUUCACCACAUAUACUUAAUUUAAGGAAAUCCACAAAUUGAUGAUGGAUUGUAAAUUCUCCUCAUGUUUGAUGUAAGUUCAUGUUUCUUGUAAUAAUCCAUGAAAAAUUAUAUUUUGGGCUUCAGUUCUGAUAGAUUGGAGCUAAUCAUCCAGAAAAUAAAGAGACCAAACUAUGAA